AUGUCAAAGCCCAAUUUUACCUUGGCAGAAGGCCAGCCCGUUUCCGACCCAUCUAUCAGUACCACUCUACCUACAUUUGGUGGCGGCGCCUACACGACCUUGGGCGACACGCUGCUCCUAGAGACACUUGCUCAUUUUAACCGAGAACGCAUACCCGAAAGAGUGGUGCACGCCAAGGCCUCGGGUGCAUGGGGUGAAUUUGAGGUCACCAAUGACAUCCGGGCUCUCACGUCAGCCAAAUUCCUCAACGGUGUGGGCAAGAAGACCCCAGUCCUUUUCCGCCUCAGCACCACUGGCGGUGAGAAAGGCAGCGCAGACACUGUGCGUGAUGUGCGCGGCUUCUCAGUGAAGUUCUUCACCGAAGAGGGUAAUCAUGAUAUUGUGGGAAAUCAUAUUCCGGUGUUCUUUGUCCGUGAUCCAAUUCGCUUCCCGUCUUUGAACAGGAGCCACAAACGACACCCGGCCACGAAUCGCCCAGAUUGGAAUAUGUUCUGGGACUUUCAUACUAACCAACCGGAAAGCGUCCACGCUUUGAUGCAUUUGUUUGGCACUCGAGGUAUCCCGGACUCGAUUCGUCGGGUUCCCGGCUUCGGUGUUCACACGUUCAAAUUGGUCACGGCCGAUGGCAGUUUCCGUUACUGCAAAUUCCACUUUAGGCCUACCCUUGAUAUCACCCAUUUCUCUGGCCCCGAUGGCACUCGCAUGGCCGGUGCCAAUCCAGAUUAUCACAACCAAGAUUUGUGGAAUGCCAUCGCCCGUGGACAGUUCCCCGUUUGGAAGCUGUAUGUGCAGACCAUGGAGCCAGCGCAGGCUGAGACAUACGGCCGUGGUCUGUUCGACAUCACCAAAGUCUGGCCCCAUAAGCAAUUUCCUUUGAUUGAGGUUGGCAAAAUGACUCUCAACAAGAACAAUUAUUUUGCCGAGAUUGAACAAGCAGCAUUCUCGCCCUCUAACAUGGUGCCCGGAAUCGCGAUGACCCCCGAUCCCAUGCUGCAGGCACGUAUGUUUGCUUAUCCCGACGCUCAACGAUACCGUCUUGGCGUAAAUUACACCCAGCUUCCCCCAAACCGAGCAAUCUGCCCCGUGCAUCACCCCUUCGAACGCGACGGGUCGGCAACCAUUACUCGAAACUACGGAGGUGAGCCCAACUAUGUGCGCAACUCGCAGAGCCGUGGCGCUCCUGGCCAAACUUUGGCAGAUGUGCGACAUACCGAGCGCAUACAGCAAAAUGCUGCUCUGGGUCAGAACGAGCUUUCCGUCGGGGAAGAGGACUUUGUUCAGCCACGUGAGCUGUGGAAUCGCGUCUUUGACGAGACUGAAAGAAGGCAAUGGGUUUCGAAUGUGUCGGAAACUUUGGAUGAGCUGCCUGUUGCUCUCAGACAUGCUGUUGCUGACAUGUUCAGCAAGGUUGACCCCCGUAUUGGUCAAAUGCUAGCCGCCAAGGCUAGUAACAGCUCCCAUCUUUGA